GGAUCUGUAUCCACUGACAAUCUCUGGAGGAAGUUAGUGUCUCAGGCUGCGGCGAGUAACAACCUCAGCUCCUCCUGGACAGUUUGAACUUUCUGUCGGGGAGGAAUGAUCGCUCCUCUCUGCUCAGACUCUUGUCGGAUUUAAAGUUGACUGUAAAGUCAGAUUUUUGCUUCUUCGGCAGAGAACACUUGGACAGUUUCCACCAGACUUUCGAUCCUAAAUUGUUAUUUUCUUUCCCCUCCUGUUUCUGUCUGACAGCAGAAAUCGGUGACUUCACCUGUUGCCCGGAGGUGCUAAGAACCGCCGGGCAGAUGUGAUCAGUCCAACGUCGGUUUAACUAAAGCAGAUCGUUCACACGUCGCCGAUUUCUCGUUAAAACGUUAGUUUCGCUGGUGAGGAACGCGGGCAUGGAUCUGAGACCGGAGCUCCCCACAGCCUCCUCCGCCUCACAAGUCCACCCCGGAGCGGCGGCAGCGGCCGCGGCAGCCUCCAUUCCAGUGUCCAUGGCUGGCAACCUGCUGCGAGGGCCCCCGCUCCUCCUGCGGGCCGCAGACAAGUACCCGCGCACUCCGAAGUGCGCCCGCUGCAGGAACCACGGCGUGGUGUCCGCGCUGAAGGGCCACAAGCGCUACUGCCGCUGGAAGGACUGCAUGUGCGCCAAGUGCACCUUGAUCGCGGAGAGGCAGCGGGUGAUGGCGGCUCAGGUGGCGCUCAGGCGGCAGCAGGCGCAGGAGGAGAACGAAGCCCGGGAGCUGCAGCUGCUCUACGGCACGGCGGAGGGACUCGCUAUCGCCGCCGCCAACGGCAUCAUCCCACCCCGGCCGAACUACGAGGUGUUUGGUUCCGUCAGCAGCGAAAGCAACUCAGUCUUACACACUCUGGUUCUGCCAGCAGAUUCAAGCAUCCAGAAGUAUGAGCUGUUUCCUAAGAACCAGCUCUCCGGUUCCGCCACACCUCAACCAUCUGCGGGGAAACCGGCUUCCACCGAAGGUGACUCAGCCCCCGGCAUCUCGUCCCCGGACGGCCGGCACGGAGGCUCUGGUUCGGAGAACGGGGAUAGCGAGUCUUUCAUCAGCUCACCGGUAUCCAAGCCUUUGAAAGACGGAGAAGAAACUCCAGGGUCCGUCAGCUCCAUCGGCUCGGAUUCGGGUUCUGAGACCGACAAAGACGACCAGGAGCCUUCCCCUUCCUCUGCGGCCUCUCGGCACAUGAACGCCAUCGACAUCCUCACCCGAGUGUUUCCCAGCCACAAGCGAAGCGUCCUGGAGCUCGUCCUGCAGGGCUGUGGCAAAGAUGUGGUGCAGGCCAUCGAGCAGAUCCUCAACAAUAGCGGCGCUCAGGGCCCCAACAAGGCCGGGCCAGACGAGACGUGGACGGCAGAGAGGAUGCUCCAAAAUGCGCAGCAGCCUCCAGCGGCAUCCGCAACCACAACAGCGCCGACGAGGCCCAUGCUCCCCGGGGCUAUGACGCUGAGCAACCGCUCUGCGUUUUCUCCUCUGCAGCCAAACGCACCGCACUUUGGCGCAGACCCCAGCACCUACCCGCUGGGCACACAUUUGGGACUGAACCCGCUGCGGCUGGCCUACUCUGCGCACAGCCGGGGACUGGCUUUCAUGACACCUUACUCCACCACCGGGCUCAUGCCCACUUUGGGCUUCAGACCUCCAAUGGACUAUGCAUUUAGCGACCUGAUAAGAGACAGGACAAUGCUGCACAAGGAGCAAGGCUAUGCCAGCGGCCUGUAUGGGCCUUUGGUCAACAACACGCCGGAGAAACAGUGAAGCCGGUGGACUGAUCAUAGAGACACAUUCCAUUGUAUUUGUAGCCACAAGUGUUGAAAAUGUGUGAUGUGUUCUGGCUACAGGCUGCUGUACAUAAUAGGAUUAUCUGGCUUGUAGUCAAAUGAUCUGAGAGGGAUUAAAAAAAAGAAAGAAACUAAACCACUUAUGUGUAACUCUCAAAAAUAAUUUUAUAUGUUAGACCACAAAAGUUUGAAUGGCAACCCCCAUGUUUGAACUUUACUACGCCAUCAGUAAAAUGACGUAAAACCGAAUGUAUUUAUAGACUGCAGAAUGAAAUGAAUCCCGAUCAGGCUGGAAGAGUAAAAACUAAACUGACACACAAAAGCAAAAGUACGAAGUACGAAGAAAUUAUUUAUCAAAGAGUUCGGACUUUUUAGAGCCUAUCAAAUUUUACCACACACACGCGCGCACACACGCACGAGUAAAAUAAGUUAUGAAAACACGUAGUUUACUUGUUAACCCCGUUUCCUGCUGUAAAAGUUGAUCUAUAACGUGUAAAUGCCAUUCGUGUUUCUUUUUCUUAUGUAUUAUUUCAGUUAUCUCACCUUUUUAUUUUAUUUUGUUUUUAGUUUAUGUCCAACUGCCUGUAUUAUAUAUUGCAUUUGGUAAUAUGAAAUCACUAUGCCUAUAUUUGACUUUUCAUUUAUCCAUUAGUCAGCGCAAAUAUUUUGUGACAAAGUGUUGGAUUCAGUUAGUUCCUCCUCAGAUGUUACACGCUGUGCUGUCACAAUGUAUCAAAACGCUGGAAAAAAAUAAAUGUUAUUUUAAACAAGUGGAACAUCACACUUAUUAAUGAUGCUUUCACUGAUAAACCUUUCCUGCGUAAAAUCUAUUUAUUCUGCAAAGGUCACCCCAGAUAUUCUGAUAUAAGGACACAGAAUGCUAUCAAUUUACAGCAAAUCCAAGGCAUUUCAUCUGG